AUGUCCACCGCCGAGCUCGCCUCUGCCUACGCGGCCCUCAUCCUCGCCGACGAUGGUGUUGAGAUCACUGUACGAUGCCCCCAUCGCAAGCGCCAUACGCAGGACGUCCAAUUUGUGUCAUGUUCCAUUACUUAUUCUCAUCUCCUUUAGGCCGACAAGCUCCAGUCCCUCAUCACCGCCGCCAAGGUCCCCGAAGUCGAGCCCAUCUGGACCCAGCUCUUCGCCAAGGCCCUCGAGGGCAAGGACGUCAAGGAGAUCCUGACCAACGUCGGCUCCGGCGGUGGCGCGGCUGCUGCUCCUGCUGCUGCUGGCGGUGCCGCUGCUGGAGGUGACGCCGCUGGCGCCCCUGCUGAGGAGGAGAAGAAGGAAGAGGGUAAGGCCUCGAAUUCCGGGCAGGCAGAACAUGCGCUAACUAUGCGUGACAGAGAAGGAGGAGUCCGACGAGGACAUGGGCUUCGGUCUCUUCGACUAA